GGCAGCUGGAACCACAGCCCUUCAUCCUGCUGACUGGCAGGACUGACUGGCAGGACUGAGCCUGAUCAGGGAAAGAGCCCUGGCUUGAAAUUGCAGCCAAGCUGUGAAAAAACAAGUCGCAAUGGAAAUGUCUUCGCUAGAAACAUCCUUGUCUUCUGACUGGGAGGCUUCAGCUUGGUGGGAGGCUUCAGCUUUUAACAACCAUCCAGGAGGUGAUAUGGGAGCACCUUCAGGUGCUGGCACAAGACCUCUCACAGGAGAAAAUGACCUUCAAGUUUUGCCUGAUAAAUCCUGGAUCCCCAUCAUGCAAUCUUGUUUAUCAGAUCUCUGCUAAAACCAACCCUUCUUCAGCCCGCUCUUUCCUCAUGAAGCUCUGGAAGACAGUUGGAAGCCAUCAUUUCAAAUCAGUCUCGUGGGCUGAUGAUGGAAACUGCAUUGUUAUUGCAGAAAACCUCUUCAGAAAGGAAGUGCUGGGAAGGAGUGGACCUCGGAAGAUUUUUGAAACCAAGUCCAUGAGAGGCUUCAUUCUCCAACUUAAUCUCCAUGGCUUCUGCAAAAUGGAGGGGGAUUCUCUCAUAACCACCUCCAUUGAGGAGCUGCAAGAGUUAGCAGAAGCAGGGUCUGGCCUGGAAUUCUCAAAGCAGAAUUUCAGAAGAGCAGAAAUUAUGCGUAAAGAGAUUUUGCUGUUCUUCUACUACAACCCCUUUUUUAAGAGAGACUACCCCAACCUCUUAAAGAUGUUUACAGAAAGUGCUGGCAAAAGAGAGAGAGCCCCCGUUGCAUCUUCUCUGGGCCCCAGGAUGAGGGGAAACUGCAAAUGAAAACAACAACCUGGUGCUCAGUCAGUGGAAGGUGCCGCAGAGACGGAGAGCAGCACCCAGACAUCUGCAGCUACCAGUUCCACACCAGGCCUAUGCCAGUGGCAACGAAAAGAAGAAUUCUUGGUACUCACAGAUGUGAAUUCUCAAGAAAAUACACAGAAGUGACAACAACAACAAAAAAUAACUGGUUUUGGAUUAAUUAAAGCAUUUG